AUGGUGGCGCGGUGGGCGACGAGGCCGCUGUGGGGCGGCGCAGCCGCGGUCCUCCUGGCCCUCUUGGUGUACCUUGGCGCAGCGGACGGACAGCUGCUGGGGCCAGCAUGGCUUCCCGGGCUCCUGGAGGGCGACGAGGCCUCUUGUCAGUCGUUCCUCGCCGCGAGAGGCAUCACCGCGCUCGCGAACGCCGCGGGAGGCGCCGACGCGACCUGGAGUGGCCGGGCAACAAUCAAAGCGUGGAAGCAGGCCCAAGGCAUCCAGCCGGGGACGCUGUACGUGCCCGGGACGAACGCGGCGAACCUCCCAGCCGGCUCUCGACUGCUGGAGCAGCUCGAAGACGCGCUCUCCGCGCUCGACGGCGCAGUAGCGGCCGCUGCACCUGCGUGCAACGCUGCCUGCCAAGCGAGCCAGCGCCAGGCGCUCCAGGCGCUCUUCGCGGCGACCGGCGGGCCCACGUGGGCGGACCAGGGCAUGCGGCGCAUCUGGCAGAGCGACGUCCACCACUGUUGCUGGCCAGGCGUGGAGUGCUGCGGCUCCGACGGCACGCUCCCGGUGUUCCUUCGCGUCGGCCCCAACGUCGUCGGGCUCGUCGACUCCGGCCCGCUCCGGUGCCUCCGCCCCGGCGCCGUCUCCGGCGUCCGCGUCGUCCGGCAACAAACGUGCGCGCGCGGCGACGUCCAUCGCCACGCGGCCGCCGCCGCCAACGCGCUCCCGGACGCCGCCGUGCGCGACCUCGCGACGGGCCUCGAGGCGCUCGACCUCUCCGGGAUGUGCAUCACGGGCAGCAUGCCCGCGGCGCUCGCGGACGCAGUUCUGUUGCGUCUGCUUGACCUCUCGCACAACGACUUCACGGGGGAGGUGCCCGGGCAGAGCGGGGACGGGUGGGGGGACCACCAGUUCCUCACCGAGGCGUCCCUGCACGUCAACGGCUUCUCCGGGACGUUCCCCGGCACGUUCGCGGACGCGCUCCGGCUCGCGCACCUCAACGUGCGCGGCAACCGCCUCGCGGUGACGCCCUCGGGCCUCGCGCUGCUCCCGCUGCUGUCGGAUCUGGACAUUAGCAACAACCAGGUGGCGGUGACCGUGAGCGACUUGGAGGGGGCGUUCGUGGCGAACGGGCCGUUCGCGGACGUGCAGGACAUCCUGCGCUCGCGCGCCGUCACGCACAAGUCCUUCACGGUGCGCGACAACCUCAUUUCCGGGGCCAUCUCCUCGUCGUUCUUCACGAUUCCGCUGCGCGAGAUCGACGCCGGGAACAACCGCCUCACGGGCAGCAUCCCCGCGGCCAUGGCCAGGCUCUCGACGCUCAAGUCCUUCGCCAUCGACAACAACAACAUCGAAGGCACCCUCCCGGACCCCCUGGCCCCGGAGGGCCUCGCCACCCUGACCCUCAGCAACAACGCGCUUCUGACCGGGACCAUCCCGCCCUCGCUGACGGAGAGCCAGUUCCUGACCGACAUCGACCUCUCCGGCACGCGCAUCUUCGGGGCCAUCCCGCGCGAGCUCGGCGACCUCCCCGGACUCAUCCUUUUGGAUCUCCGGGACACGCUGAUGACCCACAACGCGUCGGACAGAAACUCCCGUGGGGAGCUGCUGCCGGAGAGCCUGGCGUUCGCGGGCGCGGACGGCGAGACGCACGGCGAGGCGGACGACGUCCGGCUCGUGUGCCCGCUCGUGCGGCCGCGCCGGCUGAUGGACACUGAGACGCGCGACACGGUGCGCGUGCGGCUGUCGCCCGUGUACUACCGGUUCGAGGGCUGCGCGUGCUCGGAGGGGUUUCGCCCGCAGCGGACGGCGCUGUCCGCGGCGAUGCGGGCGGCGUUCGACGCGGUGACGGCGCCGGACGCCGACAGCGGGUGGGGCGCCGGCACGGGCGCGGCGGCGUGGGCGCGGGACUUCCUGCCGACGGACCGCGUCGUGUGCGUCGGAGAGUCGUCCUCGGCGCUCUCGAACGACACGAUCAUCGCCAUCGUCGCGUCCGUGGUGGGAUCGCUCCUCCUCGUGCUCCUUGUGCUGUUUGCGUUUGUGUUCCGGCACUCCCUGCAAGCGGCGCUGCUGGACCGCCGGAAGCGCGCGGGCCCGCCGCGCGGCGGGAAGGAGACGACGAUGCUGCUCACGGACGUCGAGGACUCCACUCUCAUGUGGGAGACGCGCCCGCGGGAGAUGUCGCUGGCCAACGCGCUGCACGACGCAAUCAUAAGGAAGCACCUGUCGCGCUGGCACGGCUACGAAGUGACGACCGAGGGCGACUCGUUCCUUCUGGCCUUCCACGACCCCGUGGACGCGCUCGGGUACGCGAUCGCGGUCCAGCAGGCGCUGGCGACCGCCGACUGGCCAGACUGCAUGGUCUCGACGCGCAUGCCGCAUGCGUCCGUCGGGACCGGCCGCCUCGCGCGGUCCGACCCCGCCGACGUCAACGGCGUGCGAGACACGCUCGCGCCGACGUCGACGAAGUCCGCGGCCGAGGCCGUCAUCAGCGACGCCGUACGCGAGACGAGCAUCAUCAAGCUGUCGUCGGACCCGAACGCUGCCCGGAAGCCGUCGCAGGGCCCGGAGGACGGCGACGCGGACGCGCGCGCCGUCGCCAAGCAGCCUGCGUCGACGCCGCGGCCCGCGAUGGCCUCGAAGACCCGGAAACGGCUCCUCUCGGUCACGAAGUACUCCGUCGGCUUCGCGGAGCCCAAGAAGAGCGGCGGCGACGACGACGACGACGACGACAGCGGCGACGACAGCGGCGACGACGAGCAGGAAGGCUCGGAUGCGAGCGAGGGCGAGGCGGCGCAGCGCCGCACGCCGCCGCCGCGGGCGGUCCGCAUAGCGCCUGCGGCGCCGGCGAAGCCCGCGAUGGCGAGCAUCUCGCCCGCGGCGGCCGCGGCGCUGACGGGCGGCGGGCCGCUCGAGGACGACGGCGGCGACCGCUUCUUCCGCGGGCUGCGCGUGCGCAUGUCGAUUUCGACGGCGCAUAGCGACCCGGCGGUCACGCACCGGAUGACGCGCCGGCUCGAGUACUCCGGCGCGGUGUACACGCUCGUGCACGCGAUACAGGAGGUGACGCAUGGGGGGCAGGUGCUGAUGGACGAGCGCUCGUACGAGGCGUGUUUGCCGCACCUGACGCAGAUCUGGGGGCAGCUGCAGGAGCUCGGCGCGAACAAGCAGCUCAGCGCGCACGCGGACAGGAAGUGGGGGUCCGAGGCGCGCACGGGCGCGCGGGUCAGCGAGCGCCAGUCGCGGUGGUGGCACAAGGGAAGCUUUCGCGUGCGCAACCUCACGGAGACCCAGGAGUUCACCAACGGCAACGGCAAGGCCGCAACGCACUCCAUGGGCGGGACGGCGUCGCUCCGGCACAACACCGGCACCGACGCGGGCGGGGCGGGCCUCAGCAUGACGGGGCGAUUCCAGAACGCAUCCGCGCGCGUGCACCCGGCGCCGGUCCCGCGGCAGACGUCCAAGCGCGGCAAGCUCGGGCCCGGCGACGGUGCGGCGAUCGGGAGCAACAAGGCGUCCUCGGGCGGCGACUCCAAGCGCGUUCCGCGCAUCUCGGAAGAUCACAGGUCUAUCGGGCCGGGCGGGUUGAUGGUGGACUCGCGGCAGCCGUCCGCGACGUCGAUCACGGGCAGCCGCCGCGGGGUCGACCCGGCGAAGUCGUCGAACCUCGACGCGAAGGCGUCCGGGAACGGUUUGGACCUGACGCAGUCGCUGCCGGGUCUCAACUUGGCGCCGCACUCCCGGGCCUCCCAGGGCGAGGUCGACGGGCAGGGCCUGUUCUUCGGUGGGGCGUUCGGGAACUUCUUGCACAAGGUCGUGCAGGCGCUGCGCGGGUCGGACACGGGGACGGACCGGGAGCGCGAAGCGCAGCACUUUUUGCAGAACGGGCGCGUCGCGCAGCCGACGGGGCAGCGCGAGCGGCCGGGGCUCGUCGUGCUCGACAUGGGGCAGCACGCCCUCAAGGGGCUCCCCCACGCCACGCACUUGUACCAGCCUCUGGUCCCUUUCCUGGAGGAGCGCGCGCGGUUCUUCCCGCCGCUGCCGUCGGACACGCUGGUGACGCCGGGGUACUUCGACGCGCCCGGCGCGCUCGCGCCGCUCUUCCCGAGCCUCAACCCGUGCCGGCACGGCCCGCCGUACGCCUCGUGCGGCGAGUGCCACACGCUGGCGGAGACGUUCCCGCAGGUCACGAUCCUAUUCUGCGCGCCCGUGAAGCUCGACGAGCUCUUCAAGGAGGACCGCACCGCCGCGAACGCCGCGAUGCUGCUCUACAAGGCCGUCGUCCGGCGCACGCUGCCGCGUUUCAACGGGUAUGAGUGCCAGGAACUGUCGGGGUGCUUCAUGGUUGCGUUCCACACGAUGCAGGAGGCGCUGAUGUGGGGCCUCGCGCUGCAGCUGAGCCUCCCGACGCUGCCGUGGUCGCCGCGGCUCCUCAAGACGCGGGAGGCGGCCAUCGAGACCAACGCGCACGGCCUGGUGACCAACUGCGGGCUGAGGGUGAGGAUCGGGGCGUGCGAGGGCGUGCCGAUCCGGAUCAUUCCGCACAUCGCGACGGGCCGCGCGGACUACUUCGGCCCCCUGGUCAACCGCGCGGCGCGCAUCUGCUUCGCCGCCGCGCACUCGGGGGAGGUGGUCGGCCCCGCCGACAUGGUCGCGGCGGCGUUCGUGGAGCUCUGCGCGGAGGGCAUCGACGGCGGCUUCUUCAGCUCCACCGCCACGCGCCGGCACCACCUCCAGCAGUGGAGCGACUCGCACAACAGCGCCGUCGGCAGCGGCGGCGCCGCGCACCUCCAGCGCCACUCGACCUUCCUCUCGAACCCCUCGAUGGUCAGCCGCGCGGCCGUGUACGACAAGACGUGCGUGCCGAACGUCGUCGCGCUCAAUGAGGACCUCCUCGAGAACCUGUGCGACGUCGACCCCGACGAGUUUGACGUCGGCGGCUACGGCCGCGACACGCAGAGCGCGCGGCCGAUGUACGCCGGGCCGACGUACCGCACCGUGUCGCUCGAGCGCCGGCAGGGCGAGGGGCCCUCCGCGCCGGCGAACGGGCUGCAGCCGCCGUCGGCGUCCACGUCGCGCCGCACCGUCAUGUCCGGGCCGUCGAACCGGUCCGCGCUGACGAACGCGUCGCGGCGGACGGGGAUGUCCGGGGUCUCGAAGCGCUCGGCGGCGUCGGGCCCGUCCGUGCGGUCCGUGUUCAGCUCGGUAUCGCGUCGCACCGACGUCAGCGACAAUAACCGGUUCGCCUUCGGGGGGCCUACGUUCCGCGCCUCGCUGCGGGCGCGGUCGCGCACGGACGCGGGCGCGGGCGAGAAGGGCGCGGAGCGCCGCGCCGCGUCCCCGCUCGCCGGCAACCGCGACGGCGGCAACAGCCGGCUCUUCGCGGGCGCGUCGCGCAGCGUCAUCACGACGCGCACCGCCGCGGCGCUCAACCCCGACAGCAUCGCGCAGGCCGCCGCGGGCCGCUUCCUCAUGGAGGUCCCGACCGGUACGCGUGCGUCGGUCAACGCGGAUCCGACCUCGCCGUCGGGGCAAGCGGUGCCGCUCAAGGUGGCGUGGGGCGCGGACCGCGAGGCGCCGGCGCAGCGCGAGCGCGACGUGCACGCGCCGGACGCGGCCGCGGAGGACUACCGCCACAUGCCGUUCCGCGUCUCCCACAUCGGGUACGCCGACCCGCCGCCGGCCGCGCCGCCGCAGCAGCAGGCGGCGCCGCCGCAGUUCGCGGAGUUCCGAAUGAACCAGCCGUCGUCGCACCAGCUCGCGAAACGCUUCAAGCACGCCCGCUGGCUGUGGCUCGAGGCCACGGAGAAGAUCAUGGUCGACCACGUGGGCCGCUACCGCCUCAAGGGCGUGACGGGAGAGUUCGAGCUGGCGUGCGUGCGGCCGGCGUUCCGCGCGCCGCGCUCGACGACGAAGCUCGACACGAAGAAGUCGCGCUGCCUCGUCCCGCCGAUGGGCAACAUUCUCACCGCGCUCGUGCGGACCCCGGUCGCGGAGCUGCACGUCGAGGGGCAGCGCCCUCUGGUGCAGAGCUACGGCGCGGCCGCCGCGGACGCGCCCGGCGCCGGCACCGGCGCGGAGGCGUCGAAGCCCGCGCCGCGCCGCGGGCCCACGGGCGUGAAGGACCUCGGCGCGAACGUCAUGAAAUACGUCUCGCGCAAGUUCGGGCACGACAACAACAACGCGCCGGUCACCGAGGCGCAGCUCACGCAGGCCGGGUCGAUGCGGCACUCGGUGCGCUCGAGCGUCGCGGAGCUGCCGCUCGCGGGCGGCGCGAUGGGUCCGGACGACGAGUACGACGACGACUACUACGACGAGCCGGCGUCCCCGCGGCGCAUGCUUGCGCACGCCAAGACCGCGGGGCGCCUCGGCGCGCCGGUGACGCGCAUCGCGGCCGCCGGGCCGCAGCGGUCGCUGCGCGUGUUCGGGCACGGCGGGGGCCUCGAGCCCGGCCAGGGCUCGGGCGAUCUCAGCAACCGCGUGGUGCCUUUCACGUCCGACAGCGGCGGAGCGCCGUCCCGCGGGGAGACCGGCGGGCAGGAGCGGCUGCGGACGCCGCCGGGGUACCGUACGAACCGCCUCAUCAACGUCCCGACGUCGGUGAUGGAGACGCGGGAGGGCGAGGACGCGGACCUGUCGGAGUACCCCGCCUCGCGGGGGGUGUCUCGGGUGCGGGACGUCGCGGACGACGACGACGAGGACGACGACGGGGAGGCCGGUGGGGACGCGCCGCACGCGCAGCGUGAUGUCGAGGUGGAGAGUUUCGAGGGCAGUUCGGUCGCGGGGAGCGUAGGUUUCGCGGUGAGCGCGCGUGCGUCCGAGCGGCGGGCGAGCGCGACGGAGGACCUGGACAGGCGGCUCACGCUGGACGCGGAUAUCACGGGGCACAACGAGGGCGAGGCGGACGCGAGCGGGACGCCGGAGACGAGGGAGGGGGACGAGCAGGCGGGCGGCGGCGCUGCUGCGGCGCGGUAG